AUGGAUUGUGUGUUCAGGAACAAGCGCCUGUCGAAGGGUAAGAAGGGCCUGAAGAAGCGGACUCAGGAUCCCUUUUCGAGGAAAGAUGAAUAUUCUGUCAAGGCUCCCUCGACCUUUGCCAUCAGAGACGUUGGCAAAACUCUUGUAAACCGCACAACCGGCCUCAAGAACGCCAACGAUGCCCUAAAAGGCCGCAUCUUUGAAGUCUCACUCGCUGACCUCCAAAACGACGAAGACCAUGCCUUCCGCAAAGUGAAACUUCGCGUUGACGAAGUCCAAGGUAAAAACUGCCUCACAAACUUCCACGGCCUCGACUUCACCUCCGACAAGCUGCGUUCGCUCGUGCGCAAAUGGCAGACCCUCAUCGAGGCCAACGUCACCGUCAAGACCACAGACGACUACCUCCUGCGCCUGUUCGCCAUUGCCUUCACCAAGAGACGGCCUAACCAGAUCAAGAAGACGACGUAUGCGCAGUCGUCGCAGAUUCGAGCUAUUCGGAAGAAGAUGGUUGAGAUUAUUCAGCGGGAGGCAGGGACGAGGAGUUUGGCGCAGCUGACGAAGCUUAUUCCCGAGGUUAUUGGAAGGGAGAUUGAGAAGGCGACGCAUGGGAUUUAUCCGUUGCAGAAUGUCCACAUCCGUAAAGUCAAGCUCCUCAAAUCGCCCAAGUUCGAUCUGGGUGCUCUACUCGCCCUCCAUGGAGAGUCGAGUACUGAUGACAAGGGACAAAAGGUAAUAACCCAAUCCAAUCCAACCCACCAUAUCAAAAUUAGCAUACCUUACAAUCCUCCACCACUUCCACAUCAGCAUUUUACUCAUACCGUUUUUCCGUGUAUCAUAGGUCGAGAGAGAGUUCAAAGAGACCGUCCUCGAGAGCGUCUAAGCAGUUACACAAUGAAAUAG